GUACGACAACACCCACUCCCAGCGUUUUCCUAUAAUUGCUAUGUAUGUGACCAUGAGAACAUUUAAGCAGCUGUAAGACAGGUAAAGAUCAGACCAGACCCCGUCAGACACCUAAGACCGAAGAGUCUCAUCACUUCUGAACUGAAGACAUCAUGAAGACGCUCAUCUGUACAGUGGGACUCCUGCUGCUGCUCACUGUUUACUGCACCGCCAUGCCUAAUGCCUUCAAUGAAAUAGCUCCUGGAUCGUGCUGCUUUGAAUUCUAUACAGGAAGGAUGCCACAGAAGCAAAUUAUCUCCAUCGUCAAGACUCACAGCAGCUGUCAAGAACAGGGAUUUGUGGUCACUACUGCCAAAAGGGGUGAGAUCUGCGUGAGUCAGAAUCUGAACUGGGCUCAGAGAGCUUUCAACCAACAGCAAGUCAUCAGGGACGAAUGAUCCUGAUCAAACAUCUCAACCUCCAGCCAUGAUACAGCUUUGUCUUUUAUAAUAAUGAAAACAUCUUUUUCCAGCAAGCAUUGCACUGUCUACUGUUUACUUUCAUGCAGUUAUCAAUCAUUUCACUGAUUGCUUUAAUCUCAAUAACUGCAUUUAAAAAAAUGUAUUGGUAUGUACA